UCAAGUCAUGGGCUAAACUCACCUGACAAAGAACGCCGUAAUAUUGUUUGAACUAUUACCGGUUUACGUCGAUUACGUUAAGAACCUAUCGUUAAACUUAAAAUCAACACGGAGAAAGAUUUGCAAAACGCAGAUGACCGUCGUCCACGACUCUAUCUCAAGGGUUGCAGGCAGUGCAAACUCAUCUCGACUCUAAUCUGCGUUCGAUUGAGACUUCCUGUGUGGCAGAACUGAGAGCAGGCGAGCGCGUAAUCAGCACUGCCUACAGACUAGUUCGCGGUAACACUCUCCAAAAUUGACGCCUGGACCGACAAAAGUGCUCGUUUGGACUUCGUCGGGAAUGAAACGCUUCAUUCUAGCUAUAAUGUUGUUGGAUAGACGCUGAGUGCGAGAAUUACACAGCAAAGCGAUCCUCGGUGCGGGUCAAGCACAUCUCAACCCGACCAACUGAAAAAGGAGGAGAGGCCAAAAAAGACAACUGCAACUGGAGGAAAAAAGUGUCUACAAUCUUCACGGAUUGCCACAACGUCGAAGAUUAUCGUGACAUGAUGGCCACGGAGGAACUGUAUGAGGUGGAAAGAAUAAUAGGCAAACGCAAGAACAAAAAGGGAAAGACUGAGUACUUGGUCCGCUGGCGAGGCUACAGCUUUGAGGGAGACACCUGGGAGCCGGAGGGUCACCUGUCCAGUUGCAUCGAGUUCAUCCAUGAGUUUAAUCGACAACACAGCGAAAAGCAGAAAGAUGGAACUUUGCUCCGAUCCACACGCAGCUCCCCAAGCACAGCCAACACUAGCAUCAAUGCUCGCAAGCAGAUCAGCAGACCUCAACACCCUUCAGCAAAUUCCAACACAGCCAAAACCUCUACGCCAACCCCAAACACACACCCCACAAAACGACCUCAGCCAGCACAGAAUUCAUCCAAUGACAGCGACUCGCCACAGCAGAAGAGAGGACGUUCGGCUGGCACGAGCAGCAUCAUGGGUACAGUCACUGAGACGGCCCCCACAGCAGCGCCAGCUGCUGCACCCACUGUGAGUGCCCUGCGCCGCAGUAUGGACCUGUCGAAAUCUGGCAUCAAAAUCCUGGUGCCAAAGAGCCCAAUGAACAGCCGCGCUGACACUGAGGAGUCUCCCAGUGAAGCGGCUCAUAGUCUGGAGCAGGGCAGCCAAGAGCCAGAUGCUGUUCCUCCUGAAGUGGCCUUGCUGGAGAAACCUGCUGGAGCCAUGCGGGUGCCAGGAGAAGAGCGAGCCCGAAUGGGCACAAGGCCCAGAACGCAAACGGCACUUCCACCACCACAGAUACCCAUUACGCCAGCUGCCGUCCGCACAUUGAAUGGGAAAGGAGUGACUACUCUAAUGGAGGCCUCGUCUGCCAAUGGAACCGCCAUCACACAAAGUGCUGCAGCAGGAGUGAUGAGCAGCUCAGGACUGACAGGCAAAAGACGUUUUGAGGAACGGGCGAAUUUUGACAAGCGCCUGCGUUUCAGUGUUCGACAAACUGAGAGUGCUUACCGCUACAGGGACAUAGUUGUUAAAAAACAGGACGGCUUUACACACAUUCUGUUUUCUACAAAGACCUCUGAGAACAACUCGCUGAAUCCUGACGUAAUGAAGGAGGUUCAGAGUGCCAUGGCCACAGCAGCAGCUGAUGAUAGUAAACUUGUUCUACUGAGCGGUGUGGGAAGCGUCUUUUGCUUUGGCCUUGACUUCAUCUACUUUAUUAGGCGGCUCACUGAUGAUAGGAAAAAAGAAAGCAUCAAAAUGGCGGAGACAAUCAGAACUUUCGUCAACACAUUCAUCCAGUUCAAGAAGCCCAUCAUUGCUGCUGUGAAUGGGCCUGCCAUUGGUCUUGGAGCAUCUAUCUUGCCCCUGUGCGACGUGAUCUGGGCCAAUGAGAAAGCUUGGUUUCAGACUCCUUAUACAACCUUUGGCCAAACCCCAGAUGCCUGCUCGUCUGUUACAUUCCCUCUCAUCAUGGGAGUUGCAUCGGCUAAUGAAAUGCUAUUGAGUGGGAGGAAGUUGACUGCUCAGGAAGCUUGUGCCAAAGGACUCGUUUCCCAGGUUCUGUGGCCCGGGACUUUCACACAAGAAGUCAUGGUUCGCAUUAAGGAGCUAGUAUCUUGUAACUCAGUUGUUCUGCGCGAGUCCAAAGCACUGGUGAGGAACAUAAACCGAGCAGCUCUGGAGCAGGCCAACGAGAGAGAGUGUGAAGCCCUCAAGAGGGUGUGGGGUUCCUCUCAGGGCAUGGACUCCAUCCUCAAAUAUCUACAGAAGAAAAUUGAUGAAUUCUAACUCCUACAGGUCUCAAAUCUUCCAUCCUCAAGUGCCUAAUGCUAAAUAAACAAGGUUUGUCCAUGGCUACUUCUUUUCAGUAGGAUUUCCUAAACAGGAAGACUAACCAGAUGCACUUCUCCGUCAUCCAGGAUUGUUUGUUUUCACCGAGCAUCUCAUUCUGCUACACUUGAUUAUGACCUUGAUGCAAAGUUUGAGAUAAGUCUUGCACAUCAUCGCAGAAAGACUAUUUCUGUCAUCCUCUGUUGUAACAGGACUGAAGUGGCAAGUGUCUUUGAGUUGUUUUGACAGCCCUCUAUGCAGAAUAAUUGAGAAGGCAGUGUCAUUUAAAAAGCCGAUGCAUGAGACUUGAAUGAGUUCAGAUUAGUGAUUGGUCUCUGUGUGGUUAUUGCUAAAUGAACAGGUUGGCAUUAGAAUCGGGUUGGUAACUUUUUUUGUAGGUACUUUUAUGGCAUGAAAUAGAAGUCGUCUUGAGCCUUGAAUAUUCAGGUAAAUCUUGCAGACCUUCACAGCCCUUUGUACUCAUUUAUAUGAGUAGACACAUUUAUCAAGAAAUGUAAAUGAAAAUGUCACCAGUUCUUGGGGAUUUAACAUGAUCUUAAAGAUAUAAGAUAGAAAACCCAAAAAUAAAGUGUUUAAAGGAGAGUUUACCCAGAAAUGAAAAUCAUCAUUUUCUCAUCCUAUCCGGUUUAGGAGUUUCUUCCGUUGAUAAUGUUGGAAAAAGCUAUUGACUUUCAUUGAGUAUUGUUUUGUUCACACUAUGGAUGUCAAUGGCUGCUUUUAUCCAACAUUCUUCAGAUUAUCUUCUGUGUUAAACAGAAGAAAGAAUUUUAUUGAAGUUUAGAAACACUUGAUUGGGAGUAAAAGGUGAGGAAAUGUUCUUUUUAGGGUGAAUUACCCCUUCAGUUUACUCUGAGAACAUCCAAGAUGUAGGUGAUUUUUAUCUUCAGUAGAACUUUUUUGACGUUUUUAUCAAACCUGUGGUGCUUGGUGAUUUUUAUAAAAUGUGAAUCAGUGGCUACUGCCAUUUUGAAAGUCAAAAACUGGUUGGCUGAAAUAAAUGAAGGUCUUACAAAGUGAAAUGAUCCAUGAGUGCAGGGGUCACCAAUCUCGUUCCUGGAGGUCCGGUGCCCUGCCAGGUUUAGCUCCAAAUUACCUCAACACACCUGCCUGAGUGUUUCAAAUAUACCUAGCAAGACCUUGAUUGGCUUGUUCAGGUGUGUUUGAUUAGGGUUGGAGCUAACAUCUGCAGGACACCGGACCUCCAAGAACAAGUUUGGUGAUCCCUGCAUUAGUGUUAGAAAGUGAACAGUAUUUACUGCAUUAUUACUUUUAAACCACAUCCAUCUGCAAAUAGUCCUGAACGCAUCCUCAAAUUUCCUGUCACGAUGAUAUACGUGUAGACACAAACUUAUUAGCUGUUUUCAACAGAGAGGGAGGGCACUUAUGUUGUAUUGUUGAUUCAAAUAUUUGUAUUUAUUCUGUUUCACAGUUUGCUAAAGUUUGAUACACGCCAUUAAUUGUCAUGAACUCAUGACCCAGAUUGUUCUGAACACACUCAAAAACAUUUGCAGAGUCUGUGGAUUAAAGUAACACUCCACUUUAUUUGAAAAUAGGCUGAUUUUACAAGUCCCAUCAACUUAGAAUCUUACCAUUUUUGAAUCCAUUAAGCCAAUCUCUGGGUCUUGUAGGAGUAGUUUUAGCUUAGCUUAGCAUAAUUUAUUGCACCGUAUUAGACCAUUAGCAUCUUGCUCAAAAAAUGACCCUAUUUAAAGCUUUACUGUACUAAGACAAACGGAAAAUGAAAUGUUGAUAUUUUCUUGGUAAAUAUGGUUCGGAACUAUGCUCAGGGUACAGCAGCAAAGUUCCCUGAUUAGUAUGCAGGAAUGAGAGUAUAGUUCCUAGACAUAUCGGCCUAGAAAAUGAAAACUUUCAGUUCUCUUUCCAUUAUUAGUACACAAUGUCAAGCUUAAAUAGGAAAAUUAUACUUAUAUAUAUAUAUAAUUUUUUUGAAAAUCUACCGCAAUGCUAAUCUUUCUAAUUUAAUUAUAUGAUUUAUGCUUAGCUAAAACUGCUCCUGCGAGACAGACAGAGAUUGGCUAAAUGGAUUCAGAAAUAAUCAAAUUCAACAGUUCAACUCUAGGUGACUUAAAAUUAGCUCAUUUGUAAAAAAAAAUGUGGAGUGUUUCUUUGAGGGUGAUGCUGUAAAUAAUGUUCUGUGUUUGUACAGACUGAUCAGUUUUGUAAUGUAUGUAAUUUUUGUUUUGUUGUUUUGUUUUGCUUUACUCUGCUGCAUUUCAUGAGUUACCAGAAACCACAGUUCCAGCUAAAAAUCUUCCUUAUUGUUCUACUGAAUUAAAUGCCACCUCCAUCUUAAGUAAAUGAACAGGAGAAUUUUUGGGGUGAACUAUUCUUUUAAACCAGUGGUUCUCAAUUGCGGGCUUCAGGCUCUCCUCCCCUCCCUGGCCAAUGUGUAUGAGGGCACACCUGAUUCAGCUCAUCAGCUUUUAACAGAGAGAUCCAUGAAAUGAUCCUUGUGUGUCAAAUGAGAGAGACAUACUAAAUGUGCAGGUCGGGGGGGCCUAAGGACCGGAAUUGAGCUACACUAAGGACAAAAGCACAUACUUUUUAUGACUGUGUAAUAAUGAUUGUCAAGACAAAAAUCAACACUCAAGUAAAUGUGGACGAGGCCUUGGCUUAGUAGGAAUGAACAGUUAUUUGUAUCAAAGUUAACUUUUGUACUUUUUCCCUGCUUAAUUUUAAACGUUUUUUUUUCAGCUUUGUUAGUUUGUAUGUUCAUACAAACUGUUUGCUUUUGAGUAACAUUAUUAUACCACCAAAUAAUUUUGAUGUACAUGUUUGUUGACAAAUAUUUCUAAUUUAAUAACUUAUGAAAUUGAAGGAGGAAGUUCCUCAUGAGUCAAUAAAGGAUGCUGGCAUUUUAAAUCUGCAUCCUUACGUUGUUAUUUUUCUUCUUCUGGUUCAAACUGACUGGACUGCUGUAUUAUCAGAAAGAGCCCUGGAGGUUAAACGACCAUCUCUAAGGGAAGAUCAACUAAAAUCUUCCACAAACGCCUGUAGUUACUAGCUAGUGUGCACUGUUAGUCAGUGGAAUACAAUGUUUUAGAAUGUGAGGGAAUGGAGUAGGUUUAGGAAAAUGGCUUACACAAAACUAUUGAACGUGACAAAUUCCUGCAGGAAUAUUAAAGCCCUACCUCUCAACAUUAUUUUCAGCUAUGAAGUGUGUGGUUUGAACCCCAUCCCUUUUUAAAAUCGCUCUGGUGCAGAUACACUAUUGCUCUGUCCUGUUCCAAAAUAACUGCUCUAAAUAAUCUACAGAAACUCAAAAUUGAAGUCAGUAAUCAGUCCCAGCAGUGUAAAUGAUAUAUGUUAUUAAUUCUGUUCAGUAUUUAUUGACUAUAGAUUGAAUUUGCUGUAGUAGUUUCUAUAACACGGAAUAACAGGUGGUCGUGUGUGUUUUUUCCCUCUUUCCAAAUGGUUUUGUAAAAUGACUUUUUGUUUUGUUUAUGGAAUGAUAUUUAUGAUUGUGCAAAUAGAUUUGUUUUCAUUUGUAUUUCUUUGAAUGCUUCAGUUGUUUUAAAAGACAUUUUUUUGCAAAACAAUGUGACAGGUCAUGUUUGAUUAUGAAGUGGAUUGCGACAUUAAUGAUGUCUUCUCUGUUUUAACUUGUGUGUAUAAUGUAAACUCUGCUUCGCUGGCUUAUAACUGAUGUCAGUGAAGCUGGUUUGAUCUGUGAGGAUUAACCUAGACUGUCUGUUAACAACCCAGAAAAAAAGUUCCAAUUUACUCAAGCUUUGCAAUAAUAUCUUAAAUUCGUUAAACAUUUUUGGUGUGUGUGUGUGUGUGUGCGCGCGAGCUCGGCCCUCUCUCUUUCUCUUAUGGAUGUCUUGGCAUAUUUGCAUUGUGUAGUGUAAUGUUAAACAUGGCUAUAUCAGAGGAAAUAUUGCUUUAUUCCAGUCACUUCACUGACAAAUAAAAACAAAAAAAGUCUCAUUAUGGUUUUCUGACUUUCAGCAUAGCUGUACACGUCAUCUGCCUUUAAUUUCAAACGCUGGUCAAAACUAGAUUUUGUUAUAAAUAUAAGGGCAAUGCGUAUUUCCUAUAGUUGAUAUGUUAAAUGUUAUAAAUUGUACAAUCUGUAAAUUUUUUUAGGUUUCUGAACAUGUAACAGCUGUGAAAAUGACUGGUCUAAAUAAAUUGAUAUACUAUUUUA